AUGGAAGCCCGCGCCCCGACAUCCGUUCCCUCCUCCAACCCGCCCAGCGUGGAAAUCGCGUACAAGCGCAAAUGCAUCGCCUUGAAGAAGCGCCUCGCAGAGGUCGAAGCUGAAAACGAAUUGAUGCGUACUCGCAGCCGUCGUGGCUGGCAAUAUAUUCAGAAGAUGCGCCUGGAGUCGUGCAUGCUGCUGGAGCGCCUUGCCAAGGUCACCGGUAUGACCGAGGAAGCGCAGGCCGGAGCCGGCGACCCGGAAUUGCGCGCUCGCGCGGUGGCCAUGAUGUCUAAUGUUGCUUCGAUGAAUGGACUCGGUGGCAAUGCAUCGGCUGGGAACGGAAACUACGUCGAGGAUGAGACCGAGGGAAGCUCCGAUGAGCAACCUCCUACUCCUGAGGAACGUCCUCUGCGUGUCAAGCGCUCCCGUAAAUCCAACGCCGCCGGCGAACAAGCCGAAGAAGAGAACCAGGCCCAAGAUAACGCCGGCGAGGCUGCCGAUCGUGACGCCCUACCCCGAAUCGCUCCUGCACCCAGCCAGCAAGAUCUGACAUCGACCUUCCGCGUGCAAUCUGGCAAUGGCGUCGAGGGCGAAGACACUCCUGUGGCCGGUAGCACGGCCAGCCAGGACAACCGCGAAGGACAGGGCGAGCAGCCAGCAGAAGGUGCGGACUCCGGGACCACACCCAUGGAUGUGGAUACGAAGGAGCCGAAGGUCGAGUAG